AUGCCCCUGUUUGCAUCGACCCAACGAAAAGGGGAUCUCAAAGAUGCGUGGGGCUAUCAAUUCCGAUGGACAGAGAAUCAUCAGACUGCAGAACAAUACAAUCAUUUGAAGUAUUCUUGUGAUACUCUCGCUGAAGAAUGCUCCAUCAUCUUGAACGGUUGGCCUUCUUCGGAAGAAAAAUAUCGCAGCUAUGGGAAACAGGAAGUCGCCUUGGGAGAGUCGCCCUCGAAACCAGACGAAAAGAAAAGUGCGAGCCCCUCAAAUCCGCCGAAACGCGAUCUGUACCGUCUAUUCCAGGAUCACCAUAAGGAAGACGCAAAGUUGCAGCAGCUUUGGGACGAGGUGAACACGAUUCCGCAAUGGGUGGACUGGGACCAGAUUGGCCGAGGCCAAGACGUUCUGUAUAGAUAUGGAGGUGCGACCUUUACGGGCUUGACAUAUCAAUCACUCGUGGGAGGCACAGCAGGCAGCCGAGUGGCCGAAGUGCUCUCACGCACCGGAGGCUUCGCAAUCCACACGGUAUUGCGUCGGCUUCUGGAGACGACGUUAUAUAUCUUGGAAUGCACCGACAACGUCGAAUCCAUCAAGCCUGGAGGCAAAGGGUUCGCGAGUUGUCUACGGGUGCGAUUCCUCCACGCCACAGUCCGUCAACGGAUCCUUCAGCUCACUUCCAAGCACCCGUCCUACUACUCGGUGGAGAAGAAUGGUGUACCAGUCAACGACCUGGAUUGCAUCGGGACUAUUGCAGGGUUUUCAUCGACGAUAAUCUGGCAAUCCUUGCCUAGACAGGGUAUUUACCUCCGUCAGCAGGAAAUAGAGGACUAUAUAGCGCUUUGGCGUCUUGUGGCACACUAUAUGGGCACACCGACCGAACACUUCUCCACCCCUGCAAAGGCCAGGGCAAUCAUGGAGUCGAUAUUCCUGUACGAGUAUAAACCAUCGCCAACAUCACAAACGCAUGCACAAAACAUUAUCCUCGCCCUCGAAAACACGCCCCCGGCUCACGCCAGCCGCCCCUACCUCGAAGCCAGCGCACGUUGGCUCAACGGAAACCGGCUUUCCAAUGCCUUGGGUCUUGGCCGGCCAGGACUCUACUACUCAUUCCUGACCGUCUGCCAAUGCUUGAUGUUCAUGACAGUCUAUUACACGUGCCGCGCAAUUCCAUUACUCGAUCGUGCCCAGAUAAAAGCCAGUCGCUCCGCAGUCUGGGCCGCCCUCAAGACUUCGGAAUACGACUUGGACAGCCGUUUUGCCUUUGAUCUCAAAUAUCUUCCCAAGUUGGAGGGCCAACGCAAGACCGAGUACAUGUCUCCGAGUGAGCGACGCCAGGCCGAUGUUUUCUGGACGGCAGACCGGAAAUCUCUGUUCAUCUUAGCUAUACUCGGGCUUGCCUCCGUCGUGGGACCUUGGCUAUCUUGGAAGGUAGUGUACUGGGCGAGCAGAAUGACCUCUCCAGCAAUUUUCUUUUUGAAUGGAAACUGA